AUGGUCAUUCGUACAGAAUCUUCAACGUCUCUGUCGAGUGUAUUACACGAAACAUCAUCCACCAAUGGAUCAGUUUCCAAUAGCACAUCUAGUAGUGCUUCUUCAUCAUCCUUCACAAAUACAAGUAAUACACUCAGAUAUGGUGAUAUUAUUUCAUUGGCUAUUUACUUUAAUCCAACCAUUCAAUCAUCACAACAACAACAACAAACAAUUUCAUCAUCAUCCUUUGAUAAAUUAAAUAAUUCAAUGAUGGAUAUUUUACAUGAUAGAAAUUCUACUACAACACCAUCAACACCAACUUCCAACUCUCCAUUUCCAUCAUCACCAUCCGCACCUACUACCACUACAACAACAACAAGCCUUGAACAAAUUGUUGGGUUUUUAUCGAUAAAGGGUUUACCUGGUCAUACAAGAUGUGGUCUAUCUGUUGAUGAAUCAAUUUUAAAGUCUUUUGACAAUUCAUUGUUUAUGGUCUGUCAAGGAGAUACUUAUACAGCAAGAAAAAAGUUUAACAAAUUUCAAAGUCAUCUUCAAAGUUUACAAAAUUCCAAUAAUAAUGGUGCUGUCAAUCAUGUUAAUAGUACUAAUAAUUUGAAUGCUAGUAGUUAUAGUUUUGGAUCUUCAUUUAAAAAUCAACAAGUUAAUACUAAUAACAAACAACAAGUAAUGAUUAAUAAUUUAAAUUAUCAAAAUCAGUUAAAUGAAUUGAAGGAACGUAUGAAUCGUGAAGAUCAGGAAAAUACAAUUGAAAAGGAAAGAUCGUGGGGUAAACCUAUACUUUAUGGUCAACGUAUUCAAUUGUAUCAUAUCAAAUCUGGCAUGUAUUUAAAUGUACUGAGAUCGAAUGCUGAUUUGGAAAAAUCUUCAUUGAAAUUAUCUUUGAGUGAAGGUGAUAGAAUGUGUCAUUUUCAAUUUGCUCCACACUUUAAAUUCAGAACAGAAGGAGAACCAAUUCGUUUGACUGAUAAGGUUAUUAUUAUGAAUGAAAAAACCAAACAUUCUGUUCACAUUUCACACUACAAGUAUGUGAGACCAAUUAUUGUUAGAGAUUUUGAUAGAUAUGAAGUGAAUGCUAGUAGUCAUCCUGGUGAUAAUAUUUGGAUUUUAAGAUUGUACAGAUCAUACCUUCCUAUGGAUCAAUUAUUUAUCAAGGGAGGCGAUACAAUUCGUAUUGUACAUCGUGACUUGUUGGGUGCUCUCUAUCAUCCAACUCCUUCUAUUGAGAAUACAUCUGCUACUGUAGUUUCAACACCAACAACAUCUUCAGACGAAAGUUGUUCACUCAACUUGAAUGGUAAAUAUAGUAGCUCUAGUAUUACUACUCUAUUCCAAAUUGAAGGUCUUGAUAGUUCGAGAGGUGGAAUCAUGUACUAUGCAACUCCUUGUAGAUUUAAACACGUUUCUACAGGUAAAUAUAUUGCUGCUAAACAAGUCGAAGUUCCUGAUAUUGAAGGAAACUCAGGUUCUCUUAUUGGAAAUAGUAACAACAAUACAGCAACUACUACUGGUGCCACCAAUAAUACUGCCACAUCAACCAAUACAGUAAGUGCAGCUAGAAGUGGUUGGAGAAAUUUACGUCGUCGUGUUAAAAUCAAAUUGAAAUUAGUCUUGACAGAUAAUCCUAGAGAUGAAGCUAGUGUAUUCUAUUUGUACUCUUCCGAGAAUUCUAAUCAAUUCACAACUUCUGAUCCAAUUCUUGGCCAAAGUUUACUUCGUAUCAAACAUGCUCAAUCCAAUACAUGGCUCAGAGCCAACGAUUUGAGUAACAAGAUUACUUUUAAUAAUAGCAAUAACAAUAGUAAUAACUUGAUGGAAUUAUGGUUUGACUUGAUUCAAAGAGAAAAAGACGUAUUUUCAAUGGAACAUGUUAAUAAUACUUUCCAAAUUAACUUGAUCAAGGAAAUUUAUCCAAUUCUAACAAAUUUUGAUAUUAAUUCUCAUUAUCAAAGAAAUGACAUUGACAUUUUGUUGAAUGCUCUCAAGUUAGUCAUUUAUUUAUGUACAGAUUCGAUACAAGAAGAUCCAUUGAAACGUGAAGGGUCUCCUCAUACUGAAAUUCAGAACCACUUUAAAGAAAUGAAUAUUAUUGAUGCCAUCUUUACAAUUAUAGAUUUAUUAGAUAACAAUAACAAUGCUAUCAAAAUGACAAGCACCCCUAGAGACUCAUCUCCAAUGUUACGUCGUUCUAGUAUGCUGACUGAUAACAAUGAAACAACUGUAUAUAGUACGAGAUUUAAUAGUAUUCUUGUACAAAUGUGCUACAGAGCCAUUAAGCAAUUGGCUAAACAAAAUAUUGUCAACUGUACACAUGUGCUAAAUAAGUAUUUUACAACCAUGCAAGAUCACUUGUCGAGAGACGUUGGAGGUCAAGAGGUUUCUAAUGCUCUUGUUGAAAUUAUUCACAACAAUAUGGAAGUUUUGGAACAAAUUCCUAGUGAGAAGAUUAAUCACUUUUUCAAAUUGAUUACCACUAGACAAAAGAAACCACUUUUUGUUUCCUUUUUGUCUAAUCUGUGUAGAUGUGGAGAAAGACCGGUUACAAAGAAUCAAAAACAUCUUGUCAUGCUUCUUUCUGAAAUUGAUUGUAGAAACGUUUUCUAUCUUCCAGAAUAUGAUGAUAGAGAUGGUAAAAUUUAUGUUUACUGCAAUGAUGUGGAUUCUAUUGAAUCUGAAUCUCAAGUAGCAAUAGAUGAAGGAGUUACAGUCAUUGAUGAAACCAAAAAGGCAGAGCGUAUUCUCUUGUCGGAACUUUCAUCAUACAAUAACCAAAUGUUUAGAAUUUUAAUAGAAGGACUAAGCUUGUUAUCUUCUUUAUGUGUUGGUAGACAUUUGGCAGGUAUUAACUAUGUUUCUGAAUUAUUACCAUUGGACUUGGUUAUGGGAGUUGUUGAAAACGAAUCUUAUGGUAUUGAGUUGAGAAGUGCCAUGUGUGAAAUCUUAGAAUACUGUUUCCUUGAUAACACCUCAACUGGUGAGUGGCCUGCAAUUAACCUGAGUCGUCCACUCGAUCAUGGCAAUGCAAGAGAGGGAGCUAGAAAUACCCAAACAUCAUCUAAUAAGAAGGGUCAAGUUGAAUUUGUUGACUAUAGAAAUAGAUUUAAAUCAUUGAGAUUAUUUUUAAUUGAAUUCUUCCAAGCCAGUAAGAAUUAUCAAUUAGAAGCAGAAAGAACACCACUCAUUUACAAUUUAGUCAAAAUCAGCUACAAAUGCCUAAUUUACCGUAUUUUUAAUCCAUAUGGCAACGAUAGCGAUUCACUCCAAUUAAAGGCUAAGCUGGAACCAACUAAUGCACCAAUGUCUAACUCUGAAAGCUUUAAACUAAUUGUAGAAGGUCAGGAUGAGUACUUGUACUCCAUGAAGGAAAUGGAAGAAUUCUUUAGUGCUUUAUUGAAGACUCUUGAUUCAACCAAUGAUAAGGGUGAUAGAGCUACCAUGUUUGAUGACAUUGAACAAAAUUUAAAUACCAUGAAGAUUAAGAAGAAGAUUCUUGAUAUUUUCCUCUAUGCUAUGGAUUUAAGAAUUGACUAUAGAAUUUCUCUUAUUAUUACUGCCUACAAUGCAAGAAACAAGAUACUUAUCACAGAAAAUCAAUUGAAUGAAUUCAUCAAGAAAACAAUUUAUCAACCUGUUAACUUUUUCCAAUUUGAUAAUGACAGCAGUGGCUCAUACAAGAACUUUGCAUUCCCACUUUUAAUUUUAUUUAAAUAUCAAAAUAGAGAAAUUCCAGAAACAGCUUUGAAACUUUUGCAAAGAUCUUUCAAUCAAGCUAAGGAAUUGAAAGAAAAUUUACAAAAGGUUUCAAUUUUAAUUUCACAAAAAUCAAGAAAGGCUUAUCAAUUGAUUUAUGCACUCUUUAAUAGAAUUCAAGUUCUUGUUUCUACAAGUACCUUCACCGGAGGUGAUACAUCUCCUGAUUUUACCCUAUUCAAAGACACUUGCUCUCAGUUAGGAAAAUUAAUGAAGGAAAUUAAGGGUACGAAAUCAGCAUUCCGUAAUCUUGGAGGCCAUGAGCUUAUCCUAAAGUGUUUGAGUACUUCAUAUCCUCAAUACAUCAAGGAUAGGUUGAGUUUGUGCUGUAUUGAAUUGUUGACCGAGUUUGUAAGAGGGGACCAGAAGAAUCAAUUGGAACUCUUUAGAGAAUUCAGAUUCUUAUUGGAAAUCAUGUCAAAUCAACUGGAUACAACCGAGUUGUUGACAGAAAUAGUACGUGAAAAUGAUCAAAUCUUACUUUCAAUGAUCGACCCAUUACUGAUUAAAUUAUACUUGGAAAAAAUAAUAUCAGUAGGUGCCAAGUCCUAUCAUUUAAACUUUUUACGUAUCUUGACAUGUGACUCUAUGGGACAUUCAAUUCCUGCCAAUCAAAACGAAAUUAUUAAUAAUUUGAAAGAAGAUUACCGUUCAAUGAUUGUUCUCUAUAAUGAAGAAGACUCAAUGAAGGAACGUGAACGAAUGAUCAAAAAUAAUGACCAUCUUAUUAUUGGAUCUGAUUUGAAUUACCAUAUUAACCUUUUAUAUUUGUUGAGAGAUUGUACUCGUGACAAGGUUGGUCUUGCUGAAGGAUCUGUACAGGCUAUUUUACCAUUCUCUGAGAUGUUGUCUCAUUUGACUGACUGUUAUCUUAUUCCUCCAGUUAGAGAUCCAAUGAUGAAACUUUUGACAGAGUUGUACUUUAUUACUGAAAAAGAGUCCACUCAAGAUUUGUCUGAUGUUAAAAUUUGGAAACUUUUCCAAAAAAUCAAUGUUGAAAUAUCAACUUGGCUUCAAAAUGAUGGUUGUAUGAGAUAUCCAAAGGAAUUUGAAGAUGCAUACUAUUCUAAAUAUCCAGGAACAGAGAUUCGAACUGUUUCAACUAAUAACACAAAUCAAUCAAAUUCUGAUGAAACUAACAGUGAGGAGGUAUUCAAGCGUGCAUUCUUCAAUGGAUCUGAUGAAGAAAUAUUUGUCAAUGAUAUUUACAUUUUCAAAGUUUUACUUCCUUUCAUUGAAAGCUUCUUUGAAAUGGUUUUCAAUAAGGAUGUUAAAAAAAUGUUGUUGCAAAAGGAAAAUAAGGAAGAAAUCAAGACCAUUAUUUAUGAUUUAUUGAAUAAUAUCACCCAAAUUUACCUACAUUGCUCAUCCCAUCGUGAAGAUGUCAAGAGAUGCCACAUGUCCAUUCAAAAGAUUAUGAUAACAUCCGACAUUGAUGUGGACAGCAAAUUCAAGCAACUUACCAAAUUGGCUUUGGCUAAAUCAUCUACUGCCAUGAUGAUCAAACAAGAAUCUAAUAAGGUUAUGAAGCAAAAAUAUGCUGUUAAGAAUAUUGAAGAAGAUUUCUUGCUCAAAUACAAGAAUUUCCUUGAAGAACUUGAAAAGAAAGGAUUCUUCAAAGAGAAGGAACAAUCUGAUUUACCAAAGUUUGCUCAAUUGCUGCAAUCACAUAUUGAAGAAUACUUACCAAGACUUGUUAUGGUUCUUAAAAUAAUGAUUGAAAAUGGCGUCACAAGAGAAAUGCAAGAAACAUUCUUGGAUUCAAUUUCUACAAUUGGUGCCAUAGUACAACAGUACAAUGCCAAGGAGGAUUAUAACUUCUCUGUACAACAUUCCAUUCCUGAAUUGGUUCUCUUUUUGAUUUGUUCAAGCAAUAAUGUAUUUUCCAAACAUGGUUUGGAGUUGGGAAUUUCAACACUUGAUGGUGGUAAUAUUGAAAAUCAACAACUUUAUAAUCGUCUCUUGAGAAGUGGAAAUUAUGAAAAUUUCUUUGUGUCUAUCAAGAACAAGAUUAAACAAUCCAUCUUGGAAGAAAAAGAAAUGAGGAAGAGAGGAGCAACAAAAUUGACAACCGAGUUGACAUCCUAUGCAUGGGAGGUUUUAAGAUUCUUACAAUUGUUGUGUGAAGGUCACAACUUGGAGAAUCAGCAAAUGUUGCAAGAUCAAUCAUCAUUCAACAGAAUGAGUAUUGAUCUUGUCAGUGAGUGCAUAGAAUAUGUGAUCCACUUGUUCAAAUAUCUCAGUGCUUCCAACAUUGACAAGGUUAUUCAGGCCUUCAACUCUUUGAAUGAAUUUGUUCAGGGUCCUUGUGAACAGUCAAUCCGUACUCUUUCAUACUCAUCAGGUUUAUUUACAGUAUUUAAUGACAUUGUUGAAAAUGAUAUCAUGAUUGACAAGUCUUUACAAACUGAACCAACUGGAGCUUCUUUUGCAAUGCAUCAGUCACGUUCCACUUUCCUUCUCAAACAUCAAUCUAUGGCUAAUCAAAAUGCUAAUCUGAAAGCUGUAGAAUUGGUGGAUCACAUUACACUUAAGAAGGAAAUGAACUUGUUAAAGACAGCCAUUAUCACACUUACAAGUAUGUUGGAAGGAGGAAAUAGAUUGGCCAAGAGAAUGGAAAGAAAAUAUCUCAACAUCGAGCCUCUUAUCGAACGUAUGGAACAAUGUGCUGAUAUGUGUAUGCAAAUGUCGUUCAUUCAAAGUUUGAUCAUCAAAAGAAGAGAAUUUAAAAAGUUUUCAUCUGGAAUUUUUGAACAAUUCAGAGCUAACAAAUCAAAUAUGGAUCAAAUGUUGUCAUCAAAACUCAGCAAAGAUUUUGGACAACUACCAAUAGAAAAGAAGCUCAAGUACUCAAAUGAUGUCAACCAGUAUAUCAGCAGGAUGAAAGAAUAUGUUAUUGAAGAAUGUGAAGAGAUAGGAACUAGUAUUUACAUACUUCUUAAAUAUUUAAAUAUUGAGAUGGCAGAUAGUUUUGAAGAUGAGGACAGUGUUAGAAGAACUAUAGUUUAUCAAUAUUAUCAAAGCUUGACAGGAAGUAUCGAAAUUAUCCGUGAUUCUAAUAUUGAAAUUGUUAACUUUAAAAAGCCACACAUGUGUCAUAAUUUAUUGGAACAAACGAAGGAUGAGUUUGUACAACAAUGUAAUCGUGAAACAGCACAAACCAAAGUUGCAGAUCUCUAUGAAUGGACCUAUACUGUAUUCUAUACUGAAAUGUUGCAUUUAGAAAGGUAUAGACAGAAUGCAAAUGGUUGGGAAUCAAAAACUUGGAGAUUUUUGGAAAAUUACUGGAAGUAUAUGAAGAAUUUAUCCUUCCUUUUCUCUCUUUGUAUUAAUAUUAUUGUGCUCAUAUCUUUCCACAAGAAGUAUGAUGUAUUCUCUGGAAAUCUACCUAUUCCUGGACAAAGUUAUGGAGAUAAAGGAAUUGAUGGCAUGAUUAUUACCCAAGGAUUCAAGUGGUGGGGUGUUGGUAUAUUGGUUAUUGUGUUAGGUAUAAUUCAGCUCAUCACAACUCUAUUACUGAUAUUAAUUUAUUUGAGAUUCUUCCUAUUAUUGAAUGUGAAAAAGAAAUUUGAACUAAAGAAAGGAGAAACAUGGGAAGAUGCUAAAACGAAGGAUGACUUUAAGAAGAAGCUAAUAAUUAACAUUCUCUCUGAUAAGUACCUCUGGUGGUUGAUUAUUUACUUCUUGAUUUCACUGAUUGGUCUGUUUGUUACUCCACUGGUUUAUUGUCUCCAGUUGUUUGAAGUAGUUACUUUGAGCCAUGUUUUGCAAGAUAUUGUAUUUUCAAUUUUUGAAAACAGGAAGAAAUUCUUCUUGUUCUCAAUCCUUACCAUUUUCUCUCUGACUGCCUAUGCUUUUACAGUAUUUGCCUUCAAAUGGGAGCAAUGGAUUAUUGGCACAACGAAUGCGUGUUCCAAUACCAUACUGUGUUUUGCCACCACAAUCAAUUACAGUGUUAGAGCUGAAGCCUUCUUGGAAAAUAUUAUGGACCCUCAACCGAAUGACGUAUUCAGAUUCUUUAUGGAUAUUGUUUUCUACUUUAUUGUAGUAGUUAUUUUGUUGGAUGUCUUGUUUGGUUUGAUUUUGGACUCUUUCAGCGAACGUCGUGAAGCUCGUAACAAAUUGGAAAAGGAAAAGAAGGAGAUUUGCUUUAUUUGCCAUAAUGAAAAGAGUAGAUUUGAUAUUCAUGCCAAUGAAGGUAUCAACUUUGAAACUCACAUUAUGAAUGAGCAUAACAUGUGGAAUUAUGUCUAUUUCCUCAUUUACCUUUCCCAAAAACCACGUGAUGAAUAUACUGGUACUGAGCAAUAUGUAGAAUUGAAUGCAGCUAAAUUAUCAUUCUUCCCAACCUUGAGAAGUAGAACUCUUGAAUUGGUAGAAAGUGGAUUAUUGAUGGAAGAAAAGUUACAACCUGACCAUACAUCCUCCUCUGCUGAUUCUGAUGAUGAGGAUGAAAAUGAUUCUCAUGACAACAGAGCAGAUUUUGACAUUUCUCAAACGCAAUCAAAGAAGGGAUCACUUACAAAGAUGAAUGAUGACUUUGAAUCUAUGAUUAACAAUAAGGAUAGUUUGUUAUUGUACAUUUAAUAAAUCCAAUAAACCGGUUUAUUUGCAAG